CAGGAAAUGAGUCCCUGAUGUUGUUCCUGGUUGUUACUUCCACAGUUGUCCUUUUUUUUACCAAUUCCUCCACCUCAGGAAGCCAAAACUACAUUUUGAUCUUAUAGUGGACUUGCAAUGGCUUCAGGGAAGGAAAGUAAUGGACUCAACACUAUUGCAUUUGAUAUGGAUGGGGAUCAUCAAAGAGGAGAGGAGGGAAAGACAUGCGGCAGCAGCUGUGUAACAGAGGAAGACAGAAAUAAACCCACCUAUUGUGUGACUGAUGUUCCUCCCUGGUACCUUUGUAUUUUUCUGGCAAUGCAGCAUUACCUGACAGCCUUUGGGGGGAUCACCGCCAUCCCCCUCAUUCUCUCUGAGGGACUGUGUCUGCAGCACGACAGCCUGACCCAGAGUCAGCUCAUUAACACCAUCUUCUUCACCUCUGGCCUGGUCACUGUGCUGCAGGUCACCUUUGGUGUCAGGCUUCCCAUACUACAGGGGGGCACCUUUAGUCUGGUGACCCCUGCCAUGGCCAUGUUGUCCCUACCAGAAUGGAAGUGCCCAGCUUGGACCCAGAACGCCACACUGGUCAACACUUCCUCACCUGUUUUCAUAGAAGUUUGGCAGACCCGCCUGAGAACACUGCAGGGCUCUAUUAUGGUGGCCUCUCUUCUGCAGAUCCUGGUUGGUUUCUCGGGCCUCAUUGGCCUCCUCAUGCGCUUCAUUGGCCCGCUAACCAUUGCACCCACUGUCGCUCUCAUCGGCCUGUCACUGUUCGAUUCAGUUGGACAGAAGGCUGGCAGCCACUGGGCAUCUCUGCUAUGUACGACCACAGUGCUGAUCAUCCUGUUCUCCCAGUACCUCCGUCGUGUACCAGUCCUUGUUCCUGCAUAUAGCAAAGCCAAGAAACUGCACACCUCAAAGUUCUAUAUCUUCCAGAUAAUGCCUAUCCUGCUGGGGAUUGGGGUCUCAUGGUUAGUCUGCUACCUCCUCACCAUAUUUGAUGUCCUACCAUCUGAUCCAACCCAAUAUGGCCACCUGGCCCGCACUGACGCUAAGGGAGAUGUGGUGAACGAGGCUUCCUGGUUCACAUUACCUUACCCUGGUCAGUGGGGCAUGCCAGCUGUGAGCCUGGCAGGUGUCUUUGGCAUGAUGGCUGGAAUAAUAUGCUCCAUGGCAGAAUCUGUGAGCGACUAUUACGCCUGUGCCAGGUUGUCAGGCGCCCCCCCUCCCCCCUCGCACGCCAUCAACAGGGGUAUUGGUGUUGAGGGGCUGGGCAGUUUGUUGGCAGGGGCCUUUGGCACAGGCAACGGCACUACGUCAUUUAGUGAGAAUGUGGCUGCCCUUGGUAUCACGAAGGUGGGGAGCCGAAUGGUUAUUCUUCUGAGUGGAUUUUUCAUGAUUUUGAUCGGGAUGCUGGGCAAAGUUGGGGCCAUCUUCGCCACCAUCCCCACCCCUGUAAUGGGAGGCAUGCUUCUGAUCAUGUUUGGAGUCAUAACUGCAGCAGGAGUUUCAAAUCUGCAGUCCACAGACAUGAACUCCUCCAGGAAUAUAUUUAUUUUUGGUUUCUCCAUUAUGUCUGCACUCGUCAUUCCGAACUGGAUAAUGAAGAAUCCUGGUUUCUUAGAUACCGGUGUUAAAGAGGUAGAUCAAGUGCUGCAGAUAUUAUUGACCACAAAUAUGUUUGUGGGAGGGUUUCUUGGCUUCUUCCUUGAUAACACAAUUCCAGGGACCAAACGUGAGCGUGGCCUCUUAGCCCGGGAUAAAGUACAUCUGGAGGACUCUAGCUGCACCUUGGGAACUGAAGAGGUGUAUGACCUUCCGUUUGGCAUAGCCUCUUGCUUGUCAUCCCAAUCUUGGGUCCGUUACAUCCCUUUCUGCCCAUGGAAGGAUAGCAGAUCUGAGAAACAGUCGGAGGAAAACAAUAUGCCACAAGGCCGGGGGAAAGAGCACCUGCAAAACGGCACGGAGGUGUUUGAUGAAUGUGCUCUAUAAACUGUGAUAUAGAGGUGGUGUCAUAAAGUGAAAUAAUAAAAAUUUUAUCUUUUUACAUCACACAAGGGUCAAAUAAAUAUUGUUUUGAGGAUCUUUGCCUACUGAUGACUGGUCAAACAGGAGAUUACAAUAAAGUUUACUUUCCUACAUGAAUCAGAACUGCCAGCAGUAGAUUUAUUUUUGAUGCAUCAUUCAUGUUUUAACCCUUCAAUUAUGACUAUGCAAAAAAAGGAAGUGUGAACUGAAGCUUCCACAUUCUGUCAACACCAAAUAAAGAAA